AUGAUUUGGAUGAAGAUGUGUAGCGAAACUUUAUCAAAUUUGCAGACAACACAACAUGAGAUUCAGGGGACAAUCUUCCCAGCUCCAAAUUUUGAUCCUGUUAUGGAUGCCCAGAUGCUUGAUGGAGCUCUACAAGGAAUAGAUUGCAAUAAAGAUAUGCUGAUUGAUAUUCUAACCCAGCGCUGCAACUCACAAAGACUCAUGAUUGCCGAGGCUUAUAGAAACAUGUAUGGCAGGGAUUUGCUUACAGACCUGAAAGAGACUCUGUCACAUCACUUCAAGGAAGUUAUGGUUGGACUGAUGUACCCACCUGCACUGUAUGAUGCCCAUGUGCUAUGGCAUGCUAUGAAGGGAGUUGGCACAGAUGAGAACUGUCUAAUUGAUGUAUUGGCUUCAAGAUCAAAUGGAGAGAUCUUCCAGAUGAAAGAAGCCUACCUAAUGCAAUAUGACAGUGAUCUUCUGCAAGACAUUUAUUCUGAGACUUCUGGACACUUUAGAGAUACAUUAAUGAAUCUUGGUCAGGGAAGCAGACAAGAAGGCUAUGCAGAUCCUGCCAUGGCUGCUCAGGAUGCUAUGGUCCUAUGGGAAGCAUGCCAGCAAAAAAGUGGGGAACACAAAAACAUGCUCCAGAUGAUUCUGUGCAACAAAAGCUAUCAGCAGUUGUGGAUGGUUUUUCAGGAGUUUCAGAAUAUCUCUGGACAAGACAUAGUAGAUGCCAUUCUUGAAUGUUAUGAUGGAUACUUUCAGGAACUACUGGUAGCAAUAGUUCAGUGCGUUCGAGACAAAGCUUCUUAUUUUGCCUCUCGGCUUUACAACGCAAUUCACGAGUUAGAUUUCCACAACAAAACGGUUAUAAGGAUUUUGAUUGCCAGAAGUGAAAUAGAUUUGAUGAAUAUAAGGCAACAAUAUAAAGAGAGAUAUGGAAAAACAUUAUUCCAUGAUAUUAAGCAUUUUUCCUCUGGACAUUAUGAGAGAGCUUUACUUGCCAUCUGUGCUGGUGAUACUGAAGAUUAUUAAAACAAAGAAAAUAAUUUUGGAAAUGAAGAUGUUAUAUGAUACAGAGAUCUCACAUAUUUUCUAGUAUGAUCAUCCAAUGCCUUAUCUUUUCUAAGAUACAUAAUUUAAACACAGAUUUUCAAUCAACAGCUUAUUUAGCUCCUUUUCAACAUUUCAGAUUUCAUUUGUUUCAUAUCUACUAGUGUCAUCUCAUCCAAAGCACACUUCUAAAAUUAUUUGAAAGUAGGCACUUUGAUGUUACAAGAACUCUCUGUGUGCAAGUAAGCAUUUCAGCAAGCAGGAAUUUCACUUGUAGAAUUAUUAGGUUUCAUAAUUAUAUCAGAAAAUAGAUUUCCAAGAAAUAUAUUACAGUACUGGCAUAGGCAAAGCCUAGCCCCUGUGCGUAAGUGCCUGGGAAGAAAGGCAGAAGGAAGUGAUCUCAGAUUAGCAAUCUUGUAGACAAAUACAGACAGUCCCCUACUUAUAAACAGAUUACAUUCCAAGAAGCUGUUCAUAAGUCUAUUUUGUUUGUAAGUCCAACCAAGUUAAAAAAAACAGAAGGAGGCAGGAGGCAGGGCAGCAGUGUGGGCAGAGGAGCCCUAUCUUCUGCUGCCAAUGUGUCGCCAGGUGAGGCAGGAGGAUGGGGUGGUAGCGGAGGAGAGGGGAGCGAGGAACGAGCCGGUGGGGAAUGGCAUGCUCCAUUGCCAGUCAAGGCAGGAGACUUCUGUCCCUUGUCCCUGUCCUCUGCCACUGCCCCCUCUCCUGCCUUGCCUGGCAAUGGAGCAUACCACGUAAACAAACCCUUUCUGGGAUCUCCAACUCCAAUGCAAACUUCAAAUGCAAAUGGAAAGCGGGAGAAGGUGGGAAAGGGUUAAUGUGCGGCAUGCUGCGAUCAAACCUUUCCCGCCUUCUCCUGACUCCCAGUUCUGACUUCCGGAUUGACUUCCAGUUCUGACUUCCAGGUCCAUCUUGUUCAUAUUGGUGAAAGUUCACAACAUGAAAAUUUGCAAGUAGGGGACUGUCUGUAGCAGCAGAGUGAAAAAGCCAAGACACAGAGUAAAUCCUUAACUCUCCAUCUAUACCCUACUGCCCAUUGUGGUCAGUAGGUCAUGAGGUAGGGAAGGGCCAGUGACAUUAGAUUCGGGUCUCCAAUAUUUUGAAAUCACUGAGAUAAUCUUUUAAGUAGUUACGUUUCAUAUUGUUAGGUUGAUUUAUACAUUCCUAAUGUUUCUUUAUCACAAUUUUUAUUAUUAUGAAGACUUCAUCAAUUCUACUUCAGCAAGCUAUGUACAAGUAUGAUUAAUAUCUAUUUUUAGGAAUCAUUCUAAAUUAAUGGCUAAAUGUAAUCCUAUUAUAUUGCAUGGACUUAUAUGGAACAUAAGCAUAUGUUAAACUAAGUGCUAAUAUUUACUGGACAAUUAAACUUUCAUUUGUGUUAUUAGUUUAUUUCAGUCAAAGUAACCAUCCUCUUUCAUAAAUAUUGUCAAGGGUGUUUGGGGGUUGCCUAUCACAUCUUCUAUUAUUGUUUAAUGCUUUCAAGAUCUGUUUUCUUACUUAUAUGUUAGGGUUUUGAGUAGUAUUAUUUUAUGCCUGCUGUAUGACAAACGUUUUGCUAAAUGCAGUAUAUAUUUGUGGCAAAUAUGUACUAACUUAUCAGAUAUAACUGUUCUGGCAUAUAUACAUGGAAAUCAUAAUGGUUUGUAUUAAAUAUUUUAUAGUACACUCUGCAAAACAAUAAAUAGUGAUUUAAAUCAAAAA